UCUGAGCUGCAGCGUCUCAAUAAGGCUCUCUCUUCAUAAGGAAGCUGCUCAUGUUCAUCAAUAACAUGUCUAGCAUUUUGCUUCUCCUCUCUGUGGCUCUCACCUUCUCUGAUGCUGAAGAGCAUGCUGUUAAUGAGUUGUACUCCCUGAUCGGCUCGCCCCCGGUGCAAAGUGGAACAUCUGACUCUUCUGGCAACCAAACCAAAGCCGGCGCCAAAGAUCCUUCUUUACCAGCCAAUGAGCUGCUGGAGCAGGGCAAAAAAUCUGCAGACCCAAAGCUGGCGUUGCCCCCAGGGAUGUGGCCUAAACACACAGACCCGCUAUCCCCUUAUCCUCGGCCAGGCACACACAACAAGAACAAGAAGGCCUCGAGGGACGAGCGACUUUCCAUCGACCAUAACAAUGAGAAACUGCGUAAUGACGGGCAUCAUAAUAAAGUUGUCUCUGCUACCGGGGUCGGGACCUCGAACCGCACACAGACACAAAAAGCUCCACCUGAUAACCCAGUGCAGUCCAAUAACCCUCCUUUCAGUGAGUCUGAACUGAAUCACAACUCCAGGUCACGAACACGCUCACAGCAACCUUCUUCUAACACACAUAGAGACAGUGGGAAUAGUCGGAUGGAUCCCGAGGAGAACAGACCAAACAGAUCGGGCCUGAACACCAGUCGCCCGUUUAGCCAACACAACCGGCGCCAUUCCAGCCUGCUCUACCAAUUUGACAUCCACAAGAAAGAGUCGGAUUUCAGCCACGAUGCAGUGUGCCUGAGUGAAUGCCGGAGAGACAAGAAUGAGACAGAGCACUUCUGCUACAGUGAAUUUGCAAUCAACGGCAUUGUUCAUGACAUUGAUACAAUUCGCCGAGGGAUCCGCCUCGUCACUGUGCUGGUGAGCAAUGACGGCUUCUACAAGAUGAGCCGCCUCUUUAUCACUCCAGACACCUUCUUCUUCAAGGUGAACAUCUUGGUCUUGGACACCUACAAGUGCAGCAAACCUUGCCCUGAACUCAAACUUGGUACCAGAUACAUAAUCAUGGGUCACAUCUACCACCGAAGACGCCAUCUUCCCUCCAGUCUCCUCACCCUUGUUGGCGGCAAACUGAAACCUGGCGACGGGGUCCUGCGUAGCAACAGCUACGUCAAGCGUUACAACAAGCGAAGGCACCAGAAAGCACAAGAGGCCAUGCGGUCAAAGUGCAGGUGAAGAAAAGACUUUUUGAAACAACGGUUCGCUACGGACACCCGCUGGAGGACUUAAGGCCUUUUUGUAAAUAUAAAAAGAAAAACCUCAUAAUCUUGCAGUAUUAUUGAAGGAGAUGGACAGGAAAACAAAGACGUCUCUGUAGAUCCUUGCUCAUGUGGCUGAGUGUAAUAGAUCAAUCCAUUCCAAGUGGGGAUAUUUUGCUUGCUGUACAAUGUUUGCCUUUCUGACUGUCUUCUUUCAUAGACAGCUCCAGGGAAAUCCGCUGUAUUCCAUCUACUGGCAGAGGAUCUGAUUCAUGUUUGAAACAUGAACUGGGAAAUAUUCCUCUGAGAAAUUUUCAGUAAAAAGUAAUACGUUUUUUUUUCUUAAAUGUAUAUACACCAUACUCUUUUUUUUAUAUACACACAAGAACCAUGAUGUGUUUUCAGUGGACGUUUACCCUCAUUAACACAAAGAAAGACCGUAAAGGUCAAACCAGAGAGAAAGUGACCUCCUCGAGGACGAUGAGAAAAGUCAUGCGAUCAUAUGGUGUCAGUGUCUUGUUAUGUUGCGGCAUUUCAUAUUCCAUAACCCAUGUACUUCUUUUACGAAAUAUACAUGUGACUUUGAACAUGUAAAGCACUAUGUAUGUUGCAGAAGUUACUACUUAAUAUCCAAUAAUGCACUUUUCCCCCAAAACACAUUACUACUACUAUGUAGAAUGUAAAAGACAUUUUUUUAUAUCUUAUAUAGUGCUCUUUUUUUUAUUAUUACUGUCUUUAAUGUUAAUGAGACCCACAGGUUUUGUCUCUACAAAUAAUUUUUUUUUUUCUUUAUUUCUUUUCAUUACUUUUCCAGUUUGGAAAUGUCAUUUUCUCUGUUUAAUUUCUCACUCACACUGUUCGAGCAGCACAGAAUGAAAGCACACCCCAACCCCACAGAACCUCUAUUUAUUUUUGCCUGUAUUUCUCCUUUAAAUAUCAGAAUGCAGGAAAUGUGUUUUGCUUAAAAGAAGAACAGGAAGAAUGAAAGGGUUUGGAAUGGAGAGAGAAAAAACAAACAAACAAAAAAGCUUUUUAUUUAUUUAGAUUUUUUUUUUUUUUUUUUUUGAGAGACAAUUUUGGAAUACUUUUACUCAGUAUGUGAGAGAGACUGCAGAAAAAGAAAGGCCAGUGUGUAAGCAUUCGUGUUGGGCCCUAAUCGGACAGUAAUCUGAUCCUCCAUGCACCUGGUUACAUGAAAGAGGGCGGUUCUGUUUAGGGUCCUGAGAGCAAAAACAUGGGCCAGGGCCUCAGGGAACAGACGCUCCAGGAGCCGUAAUGGAACGCCACCUAUGGCAAAUGUUGGCCCGCACACACACACACACACACACACACACACACACAUCGGUUUUUGGCUCAAGCUCAAAGGAAGCAGAAGGGGAGAGGCACAGGGCAGGAAAGAAGAGGAGCUUUAUGGGCAUGUUGGGUGAAAGGGAAGGAAAGAUUUAAAGAAAUGGGUUCCUUCAGGCUUCAUUCCAUGAGUCAAAUGUGUGCAGUGGGUGGAACUAAACAGUAAACAGGGAAUACUUUCAUAUGCACUGCUGAUGCACAUUUUGUCAUUCUGAAAUGUCUUAUUGAAUAAAAGCUAAUAUUUUUUUCUA